AAUUCCCGUCAGAUAUAGAAUACAUUAAAUAAAUAAUUGAUUAAUUUCACUGGAGAUAAGCCAGAACUCCAUACAGGAGGACAUUGCAUUUCACGACGCCGGGUUUCCCAAAAGACGAUAUCUGGGCGGAGAUCAAAAUUCAUCACAGCAGGUGACCGGUGUGCUCUCACUCAUAUUGUACACCAAGAUGAAUUCGUUGAUUGCGAAUUCCAUCGCUAGCCCGGGUGCACUGCCGCAAGUUGGCGCAGUCAGCAGGCAAAUUAAGCCUAUUGAGCAUUGUUCAUUAAGAUGUAGUUCGCUUUUUUCUGACAAUGACCCAUUAAAGUUCUGUUCCCUUUCUACAAAUCUAUCUGAUGGAAGACGAGCAAUCUCUCUUUCUAGCCAAAGGUCUGCCUCAGUAAUAUGCGCUGCUGCCCUUAAUGCAAGAUGUUCAGCAGAGCAGACCCAAACUGUAACACGACAGUCGUCUACCAUCACUGUUGCUCCAAUACAAGGGAAGGAGAAGUCUCCGGAUCUUGAUGAUGGUGGAGAUGGGUUCCCUCCUCGUGAUGAUGGUGAUGGCGGCGGUGGCGGGGGAGGUGGAGGUGGUUGGUCAGGUGGUUUCUUCUUUUUCGGGUUUCUUGCUUUUCUUGGUCUCUUGAGGGAUCAAGAAAGUGAGAGUCCUUACAAGGAUUGAUCACUGAAAAAUCAGGUUAAAACUUAAAGUAACUAUAUAUAUCCAUAUAGUUUUGUGAGAUCUGUCAUCGAUGUAUGUAUGCUUUUCUGUUGUAUUCUUCGACCUUUUCUAAAGCUUUGAUUAAAUGUAGUAGCUGUUAAUCAGAACACAAAGCUGGUUGACAGUCCACAGCCAGUCAGUGGCAUCGUACGAGUCGAUGCAAGGUGACUAUUUGCUUUUAAUUUCUUUUUAAAAAAAUGAAUUGUAACAUCGUGGAUGGAAGGAAUAUAGGAAUGUGACAAAAUAUUAACGCUUA